CGCUUUCGUUAGUUUCCUCAACCAAACACUGUCUCUACUGAUAUUAUUGUGUGAUAAAAACUGGAAAGCAGCCGGUGGAAAGGGAGCUGUUUGUUCAGACAAAGACCAACCAAACACAGCGGGGUUCCCCCCUUUGUGAAACAAACCGAGUUGCUGCUUCUGCAGUGGAACUUGUCUCACAGAGGGGAAGGAGACGACUAUUUUUUUUUUUUUUAACAAAAACACUUUUUUAAACCCAAGAAAAGCUCGUUGUUAGUCUUCUAGCCAUUGCUGUCGGAAGGAAGGCGGGGAAUACAAAGAGACGCCUGCUAAAACCCUCAAACAUUUGGACUCACUCAAGCAAAAAAGGGAUUAUUACGAAGCUAGGUCGUGCUGCUGUGACUGGUCAGCGAUAGUACAUGGAUUAUCUGUGUUUCCGAGCACUGUGCUGUAAAGGACCCCCACCACCGAGACCAGAAUAUGACGUGGUGUGCAUCGGCCUGACAGGAGCUGGAAAGACCAGCCUGCUCUCGCGGCUCUGCAGUGAGAGCACUGACAACAUCGUUCCUACAACAGGUUUCAGCAUUAAGGCAGUGCCAUUUCCAAAUGCCAUCUUAAAUGUAAAAGAACUUGGAGGGGCUGACAACAUCAAGAAAUAUUGGAGUCGUUAUUACCAGGGGUCACAGGGUGUAAUCUUUGUACUGGAUAGCGCAUCAUCAGACGAGGACCUUGAGGCAGCGCGGAAUGAGCUCCAUUCAGCUCUGCAGCACCCUCAACUCUGCACGCUGCCGUUCCUCAUCCUCGCCAAUCACCAGGACAAGCCUGCAGCAAGAGCGCCAAAUCAGAUAAAGAAAUACUUUGAGCUGGAGCCGCUGGCGAGAGGAAAGCGAUGGAUCCUGGAGGGCUGCACUGUUGACAACAUGGAGUCAAUGAAGGAGAGUUUUGGUCAGCUCAUCGGCCUGCUUGAGGACAAGGAAACGGAGCCGGCGAGGAUAUGAUGUUAGCGCACAUCAGCGGCUGCUGACUGGCACGUCCUGCUGGUGCCCACGUCCACACACCUGAGCAAGCGCAGACACAAACACACAGGAAAACGGAACAGAUGUCGGCCACUCUUUGUGAUGAAUAUUGUAUGUUGUCCUCCCUCCGCCGCAGUCUCAGUUUUCACAUCGGAAUAGUGAACCGGGGCAUCAGUCGAGCACUACAGACUGACAGAAGAGAGCCACCCUGAGAGCCACCCAGAGAAAAGUCCCUGAAGUCUGCCAACAAUGGAAACCUUGUUUACUACUGUUUGUGCCAUUGUUAUGUGAUCAAAGGCGUUUAGGACAUUUAGAAAGUCUGUAGUCAGCAUUAAACACUAACACACACUCUGAAGCGCACACACACACACACACAUACAAACACACAGAGACAUGAAACUAAGUGGAGCCCAGAUUGAUAUGUUUAGCAUCUCCACUAAUUGCUUUGCAAGAUGUUUGAGAGAGCACAGUUGAUGUUCUUUUCCACUGAGAAGUACUGUAUGCUGUUAAGUCUGCUUCUCCCUUUGACUCUUCAACAACACAUGUUGUUGUGUGAGCGGAGUGCAUAGCCUAAAGCCCUGUGUUCUGUGCGGUAGCUACCUGUAAUGCAAGUAGUGUAUUCUGAGUAUCUCAUGGAAGUAUUCUGUAGAUGCAAACAAGCAAUUUGCAGUGUAACCGCACACAAGUGCAAACUAUUAACCGAGUGACUGACAGCAACGCUGGGAGGAAGUCUGAGAGCUUUUAUAAAUGUGCGAUUUAGGUUAUAUUUUAUAGCUUACGUAUGUUAAUCUCGUAAAGCAGCAUUCUGAUUUGUUUUUAAAAUGUCUGUAUGUCUCAAAUCAAAGACCAAGAAAACAAGUUGAUUGACUGAGCCGGUCAACGAGGAGCAAUGUAAUGAAUUUUGUGUCUUUAUAGUGUUGACCGAUGUCAGAUUUGUUUUUUUGUUUUUUUUUUAUUUGUACUGUGUCUUCUUUCCUUUCCUUUUUCUAUUUGACAUAACCUCUCAACACUAGCUGGUGACUGGAGUUUCUCAUCAUGCCCCAAUACAAACUAUCAAUCAGCCGCAGCAACAGCUGCAUCUGACAAGUCCCUGUCCGACACCCUAAUGCCUUCCAACUGUCUGGAGACUCCCCUCUUCCCCCCAAACCCCGUCUGCCGUUUAUCACCCCCCACCUCGUCCCGAGCAGCUCUAACCCGACUCUCCUCCACAUUCCCGUUGCCGCUCGAUGAACUUUUUUAUCUCAGAUGUCAUUUCAAGUGAGCGGCGUAUCAUUUAGGAAGAGUCGCCUUCAUUGUGCCACAAGUGUCGGGUUACCUCCAAGAAUAACGAUAAAAAAAAAUCAUCAGGUUGUUUAGUCAUCAUGGUUUUUUUAUUGUUGUUGUUUUGUUUUAUUUUUAGAAUUUUUAUUCCUUUUUCGUACCUGAAUGGAGAACUGAGUGAAAUUGUUUGCUUUAAUGCAAAUGUGAAUUUCUUAACCAAGGAUCAAACCAGAGUCAGACUUCUCACGUCGUCCACUCACCAAAAUCACAAAUAUGGGCAUUCAGCUGUGCAUUGUGUCCAAGGUUGAAAUUAAACUUUUAAAAUUGAAAACAAAUGUUGCAUUUUGAGCUGUUAAUGUGGAUUAGUAAUAUGUUGACUCUACCAUUUACAUGUACAGGAAGAAACGCUAUAAAAUGAAUGUCACUUGUCUUUUCAAAUAUGAUCUUUAAGGGUUUAAAGAUGAUGUCGACCUAUUCCUUCAUAAUCGUCUUUAGAAGUAGUCUGAAUGGAACACCUGGUUACCUGAAUGUUUUUCUCUCUGUUGCUCUUAUUAAUUCACCAAACCAUCUUGUGAAAAUACAAUACCCUAAACAAUAAUCAGAAAGUCCAGAUGAAUGAGAGAAGUUCAACCCAAAGUUUAAAAGUUAAAAAAAAAAAGUGGUUAGAGUGGAGCAUCUGAAGAAAGAGCAGAAAGUUAACCAAGUGAGGCAAAGAUUACUGAGUGAAAUGCUCCACAGUGAUUCAGGCUUGUUCCAGGGGCCUCGUGUCCAGCCUGUGUAAACCCAUAAAAACAUGUUCCUUGCUUUUUGAAACCAAGUAAGUCAGACUUAUCAUUAAUAAUAUAACAGUGGAAAUAUGUGCAGCUCCAUGUAGCUGGGGAUUUUCUUGGGGUUUUUACCCACACUAGAAACACAUGAUAAAUGAUUAUUACAACUAAGCACAUGGAUGGAUAUUAAAGCAUGCACAUUGUGUUGCAAGAAUUACUUUUGCAACACAACAGCUUUAGCUUUCUGGUAGUAUGUUGUAGACCAGGAGUCUCAAACUCCAGUCCUCCAGGGCCGCUGUCCUGCAGCUUUUAGAUGUGCCACAGAUACAAAACACAGGAAUGAAAUGGCUUAAUGACCUCCUCCUCCAGUUCUCCAGAGCCUUGCUAAUCAUCGAGUUAUUCUAUUCAGGUGUGGUGCAGCAGGGGCACAUCUAAAAGUUUGUAGGACACCGUCCCUCAAGGACUGGAGUUUGAGACCCCAGUUUUUAGACAAUAUGGUGUGAAGAGCAGGGUUGCUAAGUUAUGGAAAAUGUCUGGAAAAUUUAGCAGGGGACGUUAGCUGAGGAGUUCAAAGUAACUUUAGGGUAUUUUAGAAAAGUAAUGA